AUGGCGACACUGAGGUUAGUAACCCUAAGACUUCUCAAUGGAUCAUCGUCGCUAUCGCGAUGUCUCUUCCCUCGUACUCAAAUCUUCACAGUCCGAGCUUUCUCCGCCGCCAUGUCACCACCGUCCACGGCCGUAGUCUACGACCAACACGGCCCUCCCGAUUCCGUCACCAGAGUAACCGAGCUCCCGCCAGUUGAAAUCAAAGAAAACGAUGUGUGCGUUCGAAUGCUCGCUGCUCCUAUUAAUCCCUCUGAUAUUAAUCGAAUUGAAGGUGUCUACCCUGUGAGGCCACCAGUGCCAGCAGUUGGAGGGUAUGAGGGGGUUGGUGUGGUACACUCUAUGGGCGCAGCAGUUAAGAAUUUUUCCCCUGGCGAUUGGGUCAUCCCCUCUCCACCUUCUUCUG